CACACGUCUUUGCUUCGCUGUUUCGCUUCAUUUUUUGUUCUUCUUUCACGUGGGGACGCGCACCCUCGUCGUGAACGUCGACAUGGCGGCCUGCGAUUGGAACCCCAACUUCGCGUGACGGCACUUGUUCUGCAGCAUCUCAAGAAGCGCGCAAGGCUAGUCCUGCGGGUGCAACGCCACGAUCAAAGAUGAGAAAAACCCGUUCGGCGUGGGCGCGGAACUGCUUUUCGAGCGAGACAUGCUCCUAGGCUCUGUUGUCCUCACUGCCACGAUCCGACCAGGCGUAGAACUAUGUGGGCGGACAAUUCGACGUCGGUGCCAAGGCAAUGUUGGUAUCGUGAUGUCGCGGACGACGGGUGCGCCGUCCAUGUCACGUACGUCGACGAGGCGGUAUCGGCGUGACAGACUUUGUCCUACUUCGUCGACCAGACUGUCUCUCAAUCUUAACAGGGAGAAUGACCUGACAAAAACGACGGCAGGCGUACGGCCUUCUUAACAGACGAGAGGAGUUCACUUCGCGCCACCGUCAGGCUCAUCGAACGUUUAAAGUUGGAUCCAGUAAGUGCAAUUUCUAAAAUCAUCAACAAAUCCUAAGUACAAAUUGCAAAUAUAUUCCCCCCACGGUUUCAGCUCAGUCUUCUCAAAAUCUCGCCCUUCAGCUCAACCUUGUCAAAGUCGUCCCCUUGACAGCACUGGUUUUUUGCAAUAUAUCGCGUUGGCUUUCGAUGUCCUGCUGCAUCCGCACGCAUGUACCCGCUGCGUCAAAUGAACUGUGGUGAGCAAUGGAAUUAAACCGCCAAAGCUGCAGAGGGACACCUACCGUGUCAACACGCGCGAAUAUACAGCCCAAUGGGCUGGUGUUGGGCAAACGUCAAAGCGAACCCUUGCUUGCCGCUAAUCUCGAACGACACCGGUCCCGGGGUGCAGGGAUGGUCAGCAAUCCAGUAUGUGGUGCCUGGCUUCAUGGGAAUGUCGUUCAAGUGUCUGUACACUUGCGGUCUGGAUGCGCACGUAGUCGCGGCAUCGGCCCUACCAACGAGGUCGAAGCUCGCCAGCCCUUGUCCGGAGAACGUACAUAUAUCUGUCCGACCUUGGGGCCAGAAGAAGAACAGAGAGCACGUCUUUCCGGCGAACGAGACGGGCAGCUCGAAGUUAAAGACGGAGCUCACCUUGUCGUCGAUGUACGCGUCUUGGUUGCCAUAAGCUUUGUUCAGCUCUGCUGUUGAGAUCGGAAUCACGCUGGUGGGGAACUGGUGCUCGCCUUCGAAAUUGGCAGGACAAGCGCCAAAGAGCUGUCCAGGCACUUUGCCCUCAGAAUGUUGUGGUGAUCCCCAGCUUGGCGGCGGGACGUGACUGUUUUGUGGAGGCCAAGGAUGGCUCCAGUGAGGCCUUAGACCAGAUUCUUGAUUGUGUUGCGGAUUGCCAUGCUUGUGUCUCAGUUGACAAUGCUCAUGGCAUUUGAGGUCCUUGGAAUGGCACUCCUCGCAUGGAGGGGCGUCUUUGCCAUGGUGAUCUGGAGCGUGUGGAUGAGACUUCUCCCAGCACCUCUCCUGACAUUCCUUAUCGUACUCACCGCACCAGUUAUGGCAAUUUGGCUUGGAAGGUCGCGGAGUCUUUGAAGGCCGAUCGGAUUUCCAAGCAAUUUUACACGCUUUCUUGCAAUCCCAAUCGUCCUUGUUGCAUUGCCUCACACACUUUUCUUGAUUACCUGUAUCCCCAGGCAUUGGAUUACAUUUUUUGUCACACGUCUUGUGGCAUUGGUGACUUGGCUCCUUGGGACACUCGUGGCAGCACUUGGGUUUGUCAUGCCUACGCUCUUCAGGAUACUCACAACGCUUCAAGCACUCCAAGUCAUCCUUUUUGCAUCCACAACUCGGCCGUGGACUUGACGCUGGCGGUUUACAAUUUUUGUCGCAUUUCUCGUGGCAAACCUUGUUCUCCUUGUGGCAGUCAUGGCAGCAGAAAGGGUUAUGCUGUGGUCUAUCUGGGAUCCAGCAGUGCUUGUGACAAUGUAUGUCGUCUUUCUUGCAGUCCCAGCAAGACUGUGGCUUUGGAAUGCGAGGUUUGCAGUUCUUCUGGCACUUCUUAAGGCAGGCAUCGUUGUCCUUGUGACAAUGAUCGCAACAGAAAGGUUGAUGGUCACUAUCCUCAGAUAUGAAGCAGUGCUUUAAGCAUACCCAGUCGUUCUUUGGACAUUUCCAGCAAGGUACGGUUUCCUCGUGUUGUGGGACACAGCUCUUCUGGCAGACCCGGUCCUUGGGGCUGCAUUUCUCGCACGGAAUUGUCCUCAAAUAGCAGGUUUUCUUGCACGUCUGCUCGUCCUCUUUAUCCUUGUCGCAGAUGUCGCAUGGCUUUGGCUUGACGGGUUUGCACUUUUUAGCCUCUUCACAGCUCCACUUGUCGCGACAAUCUUGGCAAACUACGACCUCCUCCACUUUGGCAGCAACACACUUCGCAAUGCACUUCCUGUCACCUUCGGCACAACGACACUGAGUGGAGGCUUCUGAGCGUCGAAUAGGUUGGAAAGUCAGAUUAGCGACUGGAUUCUCAAUAUCGCUGACUUCGGUUUGUCCACCGUUUGCCGCCCUAUCCUCGGAAGAGGUUGCCUUCACAUCAGGCUCGUGCGCGUCCUUUCCCCCAGCGAGCAAAUCUUCAGAAUUCUUGGUAGUCUCUGAAUUUUCGCCAGAAUCGAAGCUCGGUGAUGACUCAAGCUUGGUUUCUCCGUCAUACUCAACGGCCGCAUCGAGUUCGUCCGCUAUGUGCUCAAAGAUUUGAUGACCGCUCAUAUCAGUGACGACUUUGUUCGAUGUUGAAUCUCGCCAUCGUGUCACGAAGCGUUGCAAGGCUUCUCGCGAUAUGCAGGAACUUUGGCAAUUGUGAUCUUUCUUUUCGCAAACGUCGCAGGAUUUUGGAAAUGGCUUCGACCAAGUGGUGUCUUCAGUCUUUGGCCACGGUUCGAAUCCUACGUACGGAGGAUCAAACCUGUCGGGAUUUCUGCACGUCUUCUUGCACUCGGAAUCUUUUGGCUCGCACUUGUGACACAUGGAAGGUUUGCAAGUCUUCCUACACUCCUUAUGCUCUGGUUUACAUUUAUGACAGGGUGACGGCUUGCAUGACUUAUGGCAAUCAGAAUGCUCUGGUGGGCACUUGUGACAAAAUUCGGACUUUGGCUUCGCCCACUCUGUCCUGUCUUCCGCAUUCCAACAAGUCUUUUUGCAUUCGCCGUUCUCUGGAUGGCAUUUGUGGCAUGGUGAUGGCUUGCACGACUUGUGGCAAUAUUUAUCAUUUGUCUCGCAUUCGUGACAAGGUUGCGGAGAAGAGGGUCUCUCCUUGGACUCGUCUUUCCAGCUCAGUCUGCCUUCAGUCUUCUCUGAUUUGUAACUAUCCGACUUGGAGCAUUCGGUGCAGUAUGGUUGUGUUUUGCCAUAGUGUUGCUUUUGUUUAGGUGGAAUGCAGAUUUUGAAGCACUC